AUGCCUAAAAGAGAAGACUUUGGUGAUGUGGAACUAAGGAUAUUGGUUAUCGGGAGCAGUGGGCCAUCUCAGUUCCUUCUCACCAACUUUAUUUUGGGAAGAGAGGAGUUCUCUGAGGAAGUCUGUAGCAUUGCGAGCAGCCAGAAAAACGUGGGCGAGAUAGUAGGAAGACGGGUCGCAGUAGUCAACGGACCGAACCUGUAUGACAAAGGCAUGUCAAAGUCCAAGAUGAGGAAAGAGCUGAAAAAAUCGAUGUGCUUGUCGACUCCUGGACCUCAUGCCAUACUCAUCACAUUCGACCUGGAGAAGAUCUGCCCCAACGAUAUGAAGACUCCCAAGCUGGUUAAGGAUAAAUUUGGAGAGAAUGUCUUGAAUUACACAAUGAUCCUCUUGGUUUACGAUGGGCAUCUGAGAGGCAGAGCGCUUAAUGAUAAGGUCAUGAGAACAGACUGGCAUCUGAGGGAACUCGUGGAGCAAUGCAACUGCCGCUACCACGUCUUCAGUAAGAACUGGAGGAACCGCAGCGGGAGCCGGGAGCUCCUACAUAAGAUCGAGCGGAUGCUGCAGACUAUGGGCGGACACCAUUAUGUUAACAGAUCUUACAAGAGGGCAGAGGAAAGCGUCAGAAAUGAGGAGAGAAAGCUACGCAAGAAGAGACGGUCUGAGACCGAGCGGACGUGCCGGGAACUGGAGGAGCAGUUUCAGGGGGAUGAGCUAUGCUGGCAGAUGGAUACCGUCAAUGCGAGGGUGGGGGCAGAAAUCAGGGCCGAAGCCGAGCUGCAGAACGGCUGGCUCAGGACUUCACUGGCUGUGGGAUUGGGGCUGGGGUUUGUGGCUGGAGCCGCCAUGGGAAUGAUCGUGUGCUCUGUGGAAGGGCCAGCAGGAAUGGUGGUGGGAGGGGCUGUGGGUGGUGUCAUGGGCGGGGCUUCAGGUGCUGCUGCACAGCUGGCCAUUGAACACUUGGAUGACAGAGUGGGAACACAUUCAGCCAAUUUUAAUACAGUUUUUGUAAACCGCUUCUAUCGGGCACCUCCAGUCUGAAUGCAGUGAAGAACAGAAAGUGAGAUGCUUUAUGGAACUCAACACCUCCAACAGCUUAAAAAAAAAAGAAGAAGUUUUUUUUUGUU